AUGCCUUCCAUCAUCACCAACCCGAACAUGCCUGCCUCCAACAGCACACUGUCCAAGCGACGCCGCUUCCAGGCUCCAAUCACAAGUUUCUUCCCCUCGGCUUCGGCUGCAUCAGAGUCCGCUGAUGGCCACACCGUAUCACACAACCACUAUUCUGCCUCGACCUUCUCCGCAACCCCGGUGGUACCGGCAAAGGUGCAGGCUUCACUUCUUUCGGUCGGAAUGCGGGUCCGCAAAUCUGUUGCAGAUGGAUAUAAGACCCAGUUGUCAUUGAAUGCCGAGAAGGCCAAGAUUGCAGUUGUUGCAUCUGAACCUCGCCUUGCUCAACCUUAUUAUGGCAACAAUAGUUAUGCCGAACUUCCGCCCUUUUCUGGCUUCUCCAAAUCAGCCAACGAUCCAUAUUCAGUUAAUACUGACGACGGCGAUGCCUUCUCUCUCCCUCCCAGCAGCCAGGAAUCUAUCACAUCAACCGCGUCAUAUGCUAGUACGAAUGGCCACAAACGAUCGUUCGACUUUGGGAAUGAUGUUUAUGCCUACAAGGAUUCUGGCAACGAGGCCCCUCGAGGACGAACCAUUUUAUCUCCAAGACGCCGAUUGCUCACUCAAAACACUAGCAACCUGCCCAAGAUGGACCUGGAUGACUUCGAAGAGGCGUCUUUCCUCCGUCAACGGGAGGAAGUCGAUUCGGACUACCUGCGAAUGGACUGUGCCUAA